AUGUCUGGAUCAGCUAAAAUAGCAGUGAGGCAUGCCUCCAGAUUAUGCUCUCGGCGAGCAUCUUCCUCAAUCCAUACAUCCCAACUCCGACCAGCACAACGAUCAAGCCUCAUUGUCGGCCAAAGACGCAGUUAUGUUUCACAGUCCAAGCCACAAAAUGCACAAGUACAAGAUAUUGAGUCAGCUAUCAGAGUAGAUCAGAAAAAGUUCGUUCAGCAGAGUGGCCAAUCACCCUCACAGUCAUCGUUGUCGGGUGGCCUGUCUGGCGACAUAGCUAUGAGCCCUACUGCCGGGAUUCUUGGACAGGCGACCAUCAUGGACCAAGGCACAAGACCAAUCUAUUUAGACGCACAAGCGACGACUCCCGUCGACCCACGAGUCUUAGACGCGAUGAUGCCCUACCUCACCGGCAUGUACGGAAACCCCCAUUCGAGGACUCACGCGUACGGCUGGGAAUCAGAAAAGGCGGCAGACCAAGCAAGAGAGCAUGUGGCAAAGCUCAUCGGAGCUGACCCAAAAGAGAUCAUUUUCACAAGCGGCGCUACUGAGAGCAACAAUAUGAGCAUAAAGGGUGUCGCUCGUUUCUUCGGUCGAGGUGGCAAGAAGAAGCAUAUCAUUACAUGCCAGACCGAACACAAGUGUGUCCUAGAUAGCUGCAGGCGUCUGCAAGACGACGGUUUCGAAGUCACAUAUCUUCCUGUCGGAAACAACGGCUUGGUCGAUAUGCAACAGCUCAAGGAUGCCAUUCGCCCAGAUACAAUGAUGGUCAGUAUCAUGACUGUCAACAACGAAAUCGGAGUCAUUCAGCCGAUGGAAGAGAUUGGCCAGUUGUGCCGGUCGAAGAAGAUCUAUUUCCACACCGACGGUGCCCAAGCAGUUGGCAAGAUUCCAAUAGACGUCAAUAAGUGGAAUGUGGAUCUUAUGUCGAUAUCGUCGCACAAGAUCUACGGACCAAAAGGCAUUGGCGCCUGCUACGUACGACGACGACCUCGUGUCAGAAUCGACCCUAUCAUCUCGGGUGGUGGUCAGGAAAGAGGUUUGCGAAGUGGCACUCUCGCGCCACAUCUUGUUGUCGGCUUUGGUGAGGCGUGCAAAAUUGCAAACGAAGAGAUGACUUAUGAUCACAAGCGCAUUUCAUCACUUUCAAAGCACCUUCUGGAUGGUCUGAUGGCUAUGGAGCACACGACACUGAACGGAGACAAGGAGAAACACUAUCCUGGCUGCGUCAAUGUUUCGUUUGCCUAUGUUGAGGGUGAGUCUCUGCUUAUGGCGUUGAAAGAUAUCGCUUUAUCGUCAGGUUCAGCUUGCACAUCUGCUUCUUUGGAGCCGUCGUAUGUCCUACGGGCACUUGGUAGCAGCGACGAGAGUGCACACAGCAGUAUAAGAUUCGGUAUUGGUCGAUUCACUACCAAAAGUGAGGUGGACUAUGUGCUCAAGGCUGUAAGCGAGCGAGUACAGUUCCUGCGGGAGCUAAGUCCUCUGUGGGAGCUUGUACAGGAGGGCGUCGAUCUGAAUACGAUCGAGUGGAGCCAGCAUUGA